AUGGCGCUCGCAGACGUCGAAGUAUUCGAAGACGCAUUUCCCCUGGUUCGUAGCUGUCCAACCCUCAACGAGAUUCGCACUUCGGGAGAAUUGAAUGAGCUCGUCAUAGAGGUAGCUGUCUUUUUUGUUACCGUUCUUUACACGGAAAUUUGUUCAUGCUUGUUAGGUGAAGGACGGCGCUAUUCUUAAUGCCCAUCGAAUAAUACUAGCGGCUCGAAUUCCAUCAUUGCGAGCUGCUCUCAGUGGCGCCCUCGGGAAGGAUAAUUCGGUGCUAAAAUGGCCGACGGUGCCUCUGAGGUAAAGUCAUCCUCCUUGCUCUGAUUUUGCUUUUGCACUUUCUAGCCUCGCAAAUUCACUCCUCCAGUAUGUGUACACCGGGCAGUUGGAGGUGACGCAAGCGAAUGCGAGGGACUUAGUUUUGCUUGCAAGAAUGCUGAAUCUCCCAGUACUCGAGUAUUGGGGAGUGCAAUUCAUGACCAAUAGGUAAGCAAGUGCCGGUUCUUUCUGUCUAACUGUCGGCUGUGAAGAGUGAAUUUAGAAAAUCUGGCUACCACAUGGGACUUUGCCAAAUCUCUGCGCAUGGGAUCCCUGAUGGAGACUUGCAUCAAUCUGAUGCAAGAGCAGUUUAUGAGUUUCGUCUCUUCUGACCUCCUUGUUCGCCUGCCAGCUGACGCCGUGCUGACUUUGUUGCGAAACGACAAUCUGUCAGUGGACUCCGAAGAGGCAGUUUUUGAGGCGAUUUCAAGCUGGGUGGGUGCCGGCGAUAAAGAGUGCGAUAAUGAGAGACUGACAUUGCACGCCCCCGAGAUGUUAAAGGAGGUUCGUUGGUGUCAGACGACUGUCGAAUUCCGCAGUCGCCUAGUCGAUAGUCAUCCAAUGUUUCGGGAUAGCAACAGCUGCCUGUAAGUAUAUGCUGUUUCAGUUCGUCAUUUAUUUUCUAAUGAAAGUCGCUUUAUGGCUCAGGUGGAGCAGUGGAUGACCUACGCAGACAAAAACAAACCUCCGUGUCCCUUCAACCAACGUCGGAGAACGCAUCUGCCACAGACGAUCUUCUUCGUAUUUGGAAAUGACAAAAAUCAGAACAGGUGGUCUGUCCUGCGUUUCCAUCCGCAGCUGCAAAAGGAAGAGAGGAUUGCCGACAUGGAAAAGCAUGAAUGGGCGUCCUACAGUGUCGUGGGCGGUGAGUUGCCUGACAGUUACGCACCUCCUCUUCUGUGCACCUGCCUUGUUUUCCUCUUUUGUCUAAUUUGACCAGUUGGUGUCCCUUUUUGCCAGAAUUAUAACAAACACACAGUUCUGCCAGUACAGCUGCCAUCACUGCACAAUGCAAAGGAUUGCAGUAGUAGUAGUAGUAGCAGUAAUUGAGGGGUUAUGAGGUCUCGGAGUUGUCCAUUCGUCUGGCCUGUCCCGACGCGUUUGCUGUUUUUCGUCUUCAUUUUACCCAAUCGUGUCUCCACCUGCGUGGUUUGUGUCGGUCACUGGGGGCCACUCAACUGGGAGAUUUGUCCAUCCACGUCUUUUUGUCCGACGAUGAUAUUCUCCCUCUUUCUGUCAACUACACGCCUUUUUAUUUUAUCUUUCCUAUCUUCUUUCAUCUUUCCACUUUACCUUUCUUUCGGGCAAUUUUAUGGGGCUUUUUCCUAUCCCACCCACCCCCCACGGAAGAGAGCAUUUUCGUGGUUGGAGGAAACACUGCGCAAGGGAGGUACUCCACGAGUGUCGAGGAGUUUCUGGUGGCAGAACGGCGCUGGCGCAAACGGGCGUCCCUCGCCGUUGGACGCAACGGGCACGCAGCCGCAGUCCUGACGGAAGCCGGAGGGGGGGCGCUUAUCGGCGUUUUCGGUGGAUACGGUAACGGUGGACGCCUUUCCUCUUGUGAAAUCUAUGAAGUCAGUCGGGACAGGUGAGAGCACACUCGUCCUGGCGACUCCUUUUUUCCUGCAAAAUCUUCCUGUUUUGCCUCCUCACUCGUCUCCUCCUCCUCCCCAACACACACAGGUGGUUCAAACUGCCCGAUCUGCAAGAGAAGAGGAACGCCACAACUGCUGCCUGCCUGCCCGGCGACAGCAGAAUCUUCGUUUUUGGCGGCUCGAAUGGCUCCUCCCCGCUGGCUUCUGUGGAGUUCUGCCACCUGCGAGCAAACUGGCGAAAGAGGGCGACCUCGUCGGACUUUUGGCAGCCAGCCGCACCCAUGAGAACUGCACGAUACGGGCUGGCAGCGACACACUUUCGAGGGAAAAUCAUUGUCGCCGGGGGAAAUGGUGGUGGAAACGUGGUGGAGAUGUUUUCACCACCAGAUGCCAGGUGUCCCCGGGGCCAGUGGACAGACUUGGCCGGCAUGAAGGAACCCCGCGCGCUUUUCGCUCUUCUCACCUCCACCGACGCCAUCUUUGCUGUCGGUAAUGAUGCCUCCUUCCUCCUCCUUUGCUCUACACUGACUGCAUUCCUCCUCCACUCUCUCGCUCUUGCAUGCCAUUCCAUGUCCUUUUCUGCGUAAUCCCUUUUUAUGAGAAAGAUUAAGACAUCCCUAGUGAUGGUAACCAGGUGAAAAUGUGACUUUGCAUGGCGUUUCGACAUCCUCGUAAACACAACGAGGUUAGGGCCGAUGGUAGUCUGUUUGUAGUGCAAAUCGUCUGCUUAUUAAAGUAGAUUUUACGAGAAUUAUGUAGCCGAAUGGUUAAAGCGUCUUCAGUAGAUACUGCGUUCAAAGCUUACUCAGUCUACACCGAGUUUUAUUGAAAUAAAUUUUUGUCUAGCGGUAUUGUGCAAAUCGUAUGCUAAUUUUUCUAUUUUGAUAUUUAUGAAGAUAGAAUUUCACUGGAAUUUUUCACAAUUUGCAGGCUCAGGAAACACAGUGGAGACUUUCACGGCACCUGGCGGAUCAGCUGAUGUCAGCAACGACUUGACAGCUUGGAGCUGGUCGUCGAAGAAACUGGAGACUCUUGCAUACAUCGAAGGAGCUGCAAGCAUUCGGAUGUAA